AGCUCAUCCCUUUAUAACAUCAGCUACCUGUGUACAGUGUGUUAGUGAAGUGUUUCCAUCAUGAAGGCUGCACCGUGGACGUCUCUGGGAUUUAUUCUAACUCUCCUGAGCUGGGGGUUUAUGGCUCUGCCGACAAGAAAAGUAACAGAGUAUGAUGUAGACGGUGGAAAACAGGAUCUAUUUGAGGUCAAUCAAGCGGCUGGUCUGGAUCUCUUCGAGGGAGAUAUUUUAUAUGACAAAAAACAAGGGAGGAACUCCAUCAUCGGGGAUGAGUACUUGUGGCCCACCACUGUGCCCUACUAUUUUGAGGAUGAUUUGGAUGUUAAUGCCAAAGGCGUUAUAUUGAAGGCAUUUGAACAGUAUCGCCUGAAGACCUGCAUUGACUACAAACCAUGGAGUGGAGAAAGUAACUACAUCUCUGUGUUUAAAGGCAGCGGGUGUUUCUCCUCGGUGGGAAACCAGCAUGUGGGAAAGCAGGUCUUGUCCAUCGGCGCAGGAUGUGAUCGAAUCGCCACCAUCGAACACGAGUUCCUUCACGCUCUGGGGUUCUGGCAUGAGCAGUCACGUACCGAUCGUGAUGACUACGUCACCAUCAUGUGGGAUCGUAUCCAAGAAGGUAAAGGGCACAAUUUCAAUAAAUACAAUGACACUAUAUCCAGCUCCCUGAAUGUACCUUAUGACUACGGUUCCAUGAUGCACUACAGCAUGAAUGCCUUCAGCAACGGUACCGGGCCCACCAUCGUCACCAAGAUUCCCGUCUUCAGCAACGUCAUUGGCCAGCGCAUGGAGUUUAGCGACAGCGACCUGCUCAAGCUGAACAGGCUUUACAACUGCACAAGAGCCACAACGUUUCUGGACACCUGUGACUUUGAGCUGGAGAAUAUUUGUGGAAUGAUCCAAGGUCAGGAUGACCAGGCAGACUGGGAACGUGUUACUAAAGCAAAUGGUGGACCGGACACUGACUAUUCUAAUAUGGGACGCUGUAAUGGUGCAGGUUACUUCAUGCACUUCAGCACCAUCAGUGGAAGUGUAGGGAACACUGCUCUGUUAGAAAGCAGGCUGCUCUACCCUAACCGCAACUACCAGUGUCUACAGUUUUUUUACUACCACAGUGGAAACCAGAACGAUAAGCUGGAGAUCUGGGUAAGAGAAUACAACGAAGCUAAACCUGACGGAACGCUACGCAUCAUUGAGACAAUAACUGGACUGCCUGAGACAUUUUGGCAGCUACACCAUGUUAAACUAGAUGUCUCCAGAAAGUUCCGUAUAGUAUUUAAAGGCACAAAGGGUGCUGGAAGCUCCACAGGUGGGUUCUCCUUGGAUGAUGUCAAUCUUUCUGAGACCACCUGCCCAGAACAUGUGUGGCGGAUCAAGAACUUCAAAAGUAUUAUGGAAAACACACCUGUGGGCUCUGUCAUAUACAGCCCACGUUUUGUUUCAAAGUAUGGCUACACCUUCCAGAUGGGCUUGUACCCCAAUGGCAGUGACACCUACCCAGAGGAUUUGGGAGCUUUUGCCCAUCUGGCAUCUGGGGAUAGUGUGACUGAUGACAGUCUCACUUGGCCCUGCCCAUGGAUGCAGAUUACUAUGACGCUAAUGGAUCAGAACGCAGACAUUCGCAAACGUAUGUCCAACCAAAGAAGUGUCACAACUGACCCCAAUGAGCAAUUCGAAGAAUUAAAAUUUCGUUGGGACAACCCACGAAAAGUGGGAAUGGAAGUAACGGAUGGGAAUGGGAUUAAAUACUUCAGAGGACCAGGAUUUGGAACAUAUGUAUACUUGAGUCAGUCCAGAGCACUCAGCAGAGACUUCAUAAAGGGUGGAGAUGCCAUCUUCCUCCUCAGCAUGGAAGAUAUAUCACACUUGGUUCCUUCUCAGCCCAUCCCUCCAACAACUACUCCUGAUUCAUGUGUGUUGGUAACAUGUGAAAAUGAUGGCGUGUGUGUGAUGGACAAUGGUGUUAAAGCCGUCUGCAGGUGUGCCGCAGGGGACGACUGGUGGUACUACGGGGACAGGUGUCAGUUUAAGAGUUCGACGCAGGACGGCGUGGUGACGGCGGCCGUGUCGUCGGUUGUGGUCUUUGCCGUCAUGCUGGUGGUGACGGUAGUGAGUGUGCUGUGUUUGAGAAAAAAGUAUAAGAAGAAAAUGAACGCCGUGGGCAGCGGCGGCAUUGCCAUACAAAACGUCAACGCGAACUAACGGCACCAUAAAUCAUUUAAUCAGUAGCGGGAAUGCCAGUAUGCCCUUAUGUAUGUAUAUAACAGGUAGAUUUUCUUGUCAAUUCAGUCACAAGCCAAAUAAAAUAAUUUUUUUCUGAAA